AGCUCGUCUCCGGCUGAUCGUCCUCGGUGAUCACUUCCCCGCUGCUCGUCUUCACAAGUUCUACUCAACCCGAACCAAGCUUCCUCUCAGUCGACAUGGAGCAGACCUUCAUCGCUGUGAAGCCCGACGGCGUCCAGAGAGGACUCUGCGGCGAGAUCAUCAAGCGCCUGGAAACCAGAGGCUUCAGGCUGGUGGCUGCCAAGUUCGUGCAGAGCUCCGAGGAUCACAUGAAGCAGCACUACCUGGACCUGAAGGACAUGCCCUUCUACGGUGGUCUGUGCAAGUACAUGUCCUCCGGACCCGUCUUCGCCAUGGUUUGGGAGGGUCAGAGCAUCGUGAAGCUGGCCAGGAUGAUGUUGGGUGAGACCAACCCCGCCGACUCCAAGCCCGGCAGCAUCCGUGGUGACCUGUGCAUCAACAUCGGCAGGAACAUCAUCCACGGCAGCGACACCCUGGAGAACGCCAAGCGUGAGAUCGGCCUGUGGUUCAAGGCCGAGGAGUUCGUCAAAUACACCCCCUGCGCCCAGGCCUUCCUGUAUGAGUAGAACGGCCAAUCAUCAGCCAGUAAACUACAUCCAACUGGACCUCCCCGUCCUCCCUGCAGUCGAUCCUCUAACUUGGUCUUCACUCAUCAAUCCACAACAUGUAGCACUUCCCAAUAAAGUCUCAUGUUAACAACAACA